GAGCGUGUGACGUCAGACGCACGCGGGUUACGAAAAGAGUUACGAAAGUUGUUUCCAGUCACGCUGGAUAAUGUCAUUCAUCCCUCUUAUUUCCCCGCAGGUGCUGUAGAGAUCCACACCGAAGGCUCUUUGUGUAGGCUACAUUCAGAGGAAUGAUGUUGGGAUCAGUGGUUGUUGGUAUAGGCAUCGCAGGAUGUGUGAGAAUGAGAGACUUGCUCGCUCCUCUGCCGUCCAGCACUGCUGAGAAGUUUAGCAUCAGAGGCUUUGUGUCCAGAAGGAAUCUUGAAGAUCAGCAGGGUGUGAAGCAGAUCUCUACGACAGAGGCGUUGAGCAGAGAUGACAUCCAUGCAGCCUUCAUAUGCACUGAAAACACUAACCAUGAAGAGUACAUCAGGCAGUUUCUGGAGGCGGGGAAGCACGUGUGUGUCGAGUAUCCCAUGACCCUCAGCUACACGUCUGCAGUGGAUCUGUGGAAUCUGGCUCAGCAGAAGGGCCUGGUGCUACAUGAAGAACAUAUCGAACUCCUCACUCCUGACUUCAAACAGCUGAAAAAAGACAUAGCUGGGAAAACGCUGGAGGAGGGAACGCUGCACUUCACAGGUGGAUCCCUGAAGCGAAAUUUUGGGUUCCCGUCUUUCAGUGGUAUUGCCAGACUGACCUGGUUGGUUGAUCUUUUCGGGGAGCUCACAGUUACUGCAGCAUCUCUGGUGGAGGAGAAAGAGAACAAAUACAUGAAGAUGACAGCACACUUACUGACCCGACAGCAGAAACCUCUAACUUGGAUUGAAGAGCGGGGUCCAGGACUGGGCAGAGCCAAACACAUACACCUUCGCUUCCAGGAUGCCAGCAUCACGGAGCUUCCUGCAGGUCAGCGGGAGCCGGUGGGGCUGUUCAUGCAGGAUCUGGUGCUGUUCGGCCGGAAGCUGCAGGGUGAAGUGUCUGCUGCGGAGCUCCAGGAGGAGAGGAGCAGGAUCUUACACUGUCUGCAGCUGGCAGACCGCAUCCAACAGCUCAGUGAAAACACUCAGGCCUGAAGCUGAAGCUGUCCACACUGCAGGUUCACACCAUAACCCAUAUAGACUGUGGUGUAGAGACCGAGUAGAGUGGAAGAUAAUAUAAUUAAAUAUAUAGAUUCAUUUCCAUUUGUUUUUUUUUAACAGUGAAAAUCAGUUUGCUGAUAAGUUGCUUUUUGUGGUAGCUUGUUACCGCAUAGGGGAAAAAAUUGCGACUUUUUAUUUCACAAUUCUGAGUUGGAUGAAAGUCUGAAUUGUGAGAUAAAAAGAUUUGGUACAUCUUUGGGUUUUUAUCCCAUGGUGGAAAUCAGCUUUCAUAGCUUUUCAGCUCUAAAAAGGACAACAACAAAAAAGUUUUUUUUAAGUUUUGUAAAUCAGUAUUUAGUAUGUGACUGAUACAAUGAGUCUUGUUUUAGUACAUUACAUCUGCACUAAAGUUCAAUACCCAUUUCGGACAGAUGAACCAUGUUCAUACAGGCUGGAGCAUUGCAAAACAUUGUGCACUUUUGUUUGGUUUGAUAUUAUGUCAUUCUUAUAUUUAAGUUGAAUAUUAAAUAUUAAAUUUAAUAUAGAAUAUUACACUUAAAUACGAGUGUGAAAACUGUGUAUUAAGUGUGAAAACUGGAUGAGAUCUGUAAGCAUUCAUAAAUACUUUGAGCAAAAUCAAAGAUUCUCUUAUCAUUCAUGCUGUGGUAGAAGUUUUUUUUAAUCUGAUCAUUUUUUUCUCUGGGAAAGCACUGAAUGGAGCAUAAAUGCACAUAUCAUUGUCAGAGAAACAUACAGAGAGAGAAAGAAAUGUUUUGCUUCAUUCGUCUUCAUGUUUACAUGUUUGUGUUUUCAGUUAAAAAAUAAAUUGUGCCUGCUUUCUGGAAUUUGUUUCGUGCCACACAUCAACACAAGUGCAUUUCAGAAGUCUGAUAACCUGAGUGAACUCGGUUGCAUCAAGACUUUUUUUUUUUGGCAUUGUGAUAUUUUAAGCAUGGUCCCAAAUCAUCACAAUAAAAAUGAAAUAAAAGUCAUCCUUUCCAUAAACGACUUAAUUUCAGAUAUAGCACUACUACCAUAGUA